AUGCCUAAAAUAGCCAUCACUGUCAUUGUUAUUGUCAAAGAACGUGCGAUCACGGGAGUUCGAUUGAACGGAAUUGGCCCUUUGAUUGCUGCUUCGCCAACACCUCACAAUGAUCCGAAUUUGAUCGGAAUCCAACCCGUAGACAUUCAUCAGUUUUCUCAGAAUCCAACUAUCUGGUCGGGGAUUGAAUCUGUGGAUGGUCAACCAAGGGGCCUUCAUAUGCAUCCUCAACAUAUACCGCUACCACCAACUUUACAUCACCCUUUGCCCUAUGCUCAAAUAAUGCCACCGCCACCACCACCUCAUUAUACGGAUUUGGCAACUGAUAUGCACAACGGAUAUGCUAAUAUGAUGAAUAUCAAUGCUGCGAAUAACUCUCAUUAUACAGUAAAUAUGAAUACAGACCUCGAGUUUUCACCGCAAGUGAAUGCAUCAGAAUUAUCAUCACCAUCAUGCAGCGAAUAA